UCUCAAAAUCGUGAUAUUAAGUACUUUCAAUGUCAAGGUAGGGGUCACAUAGCGAGUCAAUAUCUAAACAAGCGGGUUAUGGUGAUGCGAGACAAUGGUGAAAUUGUGACCGAAGACGAAGAUUCUGACACCAAUGAAAUGCCACCAUUGGAAGGUGCCUAUGAGGAGGAGUUUGUUGUAUGUGGAGAUUUGUUGGUGGCAAUAAAGGCUUUAAGUGUGCAAGCAAAGGACGUGAAUGAAGUGCAACGAGAGAACAUUUUUCACACUAGGUGCUAUGUCAAAGAUAAGGUAUGCAAUGUGAUUAUUGAUGGUGGUAGUCGUACUAAUGUUGCUAGCAUAACCAUGGUGGAAAAAUUAGGAUUGCUUGCAUUGAGAUACCUUAGUUUGUACAAGUUGCAAUGGUUGAAUGAUAGGGACAAGGACGACCAUGGUAGUUUGAUCGAUGAGUCAAGCAUGAUGGGUUUACCAACAAAUACUCUUUUAAUUACGAAGAUGUAUUUCCCAAAGAAACGCCACCUAGAUUACCUCCAAUAUGAGAGAUUGAACAUCAAAUUGAUUUUGUACCUGGUGCAACAAUUCCAAACCGACCAGCCUAGAGGAGCAACCCCAAUGAGACAAAGGAGCUUCAGAGGCAGGAUGUGCAUUGAUUGUCAAGCCAUCAAUAGCAUUACGGUAAAGUAUCGAAAUCCUAUUCCUCGCUUAGAUGACAUGUUAGAUGAGUUGCAUGGUGCUUGUUCGAAAAUUAAUUUGAAAAGUGAACACAAAUUGAACAAGAGGCAUGUGCAAUGGAUGGAGUUCAUUGAGACAUUUCCAUAUGUCAUCUGGUAUAACCAAGGUAAGGAGAAUAUGGUUGUUGAUGUACUUUCUUGCAGGGAAUCCCACAACGGAAGGUUAAUGGGACAUUUUGGCAUUGCUAAGACCUUAGCUAUUUUGCAAGAACACUUCUUUUGGCCACACAUGAAAAGAGAUGUUGAGAGGAUUUGUGGUAGAUGUGCCAGGACUAGGCGUGGAAAAGAUUCAAUUUUUGUGGUUGUGGAUAGGGAGAUUGUGAGAUUACAUGCUAUGCCUAGAACAAUUGUUUCAGAUAGAGUUGCUAAGUUUUAAGCUACUUUUGGAAGACUUUGUGGAGUAAGUUAGGUUGGUGUAGUUUGUAUCAGAUCCUUUAUUUAAUUGAAGGGUAAGGUGAAUGGGUUUUAUUAUUCUUUAUUUGAGUGAUGCAACAACUCAAGAGUUUGUGUAGAAGCAAUUGCUUAGUGUUUUUUAUGCUUAAGGAUUUAAUGGUCUAAACAAAGAGAAUUUUGCUUUGUGAAGUGAAAUUUGUAAACUUGGUGUGUAUUUCUUUUUGAAUAUAAUUCUUGUUGAAUG